UCACUGUCAUCUUUGUACGGACCCGCAAGCUGGGGCCCACUACGACAUUAUUCUGAAGUGGCAGCCAAUCAACACCUAUCUAUAAAAAUGCCUUCCCGCUGCCGCCAAACCCUCAUCCUUUCCGGCCGCCACCAAAGGUCCAAAACGACGACGACGCCGACAUUUCCUUGGCGACACCAUGAAAAACCCCCACGUACCACCGCCUCACCCUCUCUACAAGCACAAUUCGUGGUCGCCCGACACGAUCCGGGAAGAGACGUGGCAGCGUCGAAAGAGCAUUUCUGGCACGCGCCGCCUUGUUCGUAGCAAAAGCGUUUCCGACGAUGAUUUGGAGGAGCUGAAGGCCUGUAUUGAGCUCGGAUUCGGGUUCGAUUUACCCGACGUCGACCGGAAACUAUCCGAUACUUUACCUGCUUUGGAGUUUUACCACGAUGUAAAUAAGCAGUGCAGUAAGAGCUUGUUAACAGACGGUGGCGAUGCGGAGGAGAUGAAGACGAGAUUGCGGCAGUGGGCCAAGUUGGUCGCUUGCUCGGUUCGGGAAUCAUCGUCUUCUUCCAUCUAAUCUCAAAAACAAUUUUUUGAAUUUCCUAGUGUAUAAAGUGUAAAUUAUAAAUUUAAUUAUUUAUUUCAACAAGUUUUCAGUUUUUUAAUAAAAAGUGA